AUGGUCCGGAACAUUGUGGUCCUCGGCGGUAACUCGCACCCCGCCAUCGUCGAGAGCGUGUGCAACAUCCUCGCGCUGCCGGCCUGCAACCGGAUUUUGACCAAGUUCUCGUCCGGCGAGAGCCGCUGCGAGAUCCAGGACUCGGUCCGUGGCAAAGAUGUCUACAUCAUCCAGACGGGCUUUGGCGGCAACGGCAGCAAGCUCAACGACCAUUUCAUGGACUUGUGCAUCAUGAUCUCGGCCUGCAAGACCGGGUCCGCCAGACGGGUAACCGCCGUCCUCCCCUUGUUCCCAUACUCCCGUCAACCCGACCUCCCGUACAAGAAAUCCGGGGCGCCGCUCUUCAAGGGCGGGUCCGAGAACGGCAGCAAGAAGGACUACACCUUUGAGAGCGUCCCGGCCACCCCGGCGCCCAAUGUCCCACGCAGCGCUGGCCUCAUCAACGGCACCGACAUCACGAGCCGGCUAGCUAAGACGACACUCGGAACGACCCCUCUGCCCAACGGCACGAGCAAUGGCACCAUGUCGCCCGUCCGGCCGACCAACGGGGACGGCUCCUACUUCGCAGGGAACGGCCUCGGCAUCAACAACAACACCUCGACGCAGAGCAUCAUUGGUAGUUACACGACCCACGACUACGAGAACGUGUCCCACGUGGGCGCAUUCCAGGCCAAGCCGGGGUACAAGCAGUGGGUUGCGCAGGCGGGCACCCUGGUGGCCAACCUGUUGACCUGCGCUGGUGCUGACCAUGUCAUCACCAUGGACCUGCACGACCCUCAAGUCCAGGGCUUCUUCGACGUCCCCGUCGACAACCUGUACGGACGGCCCCUGCUUAAGCGGUAUAUCCAGACGCACAUCCCCGAGUACAAGGACGCUGUGAUUAUCAGCCCUGACGCGGGGGGUGCGAAACGGGCCACUGCAAUCGCCGACGGCAUGGGCAUUGAGUUUGCGCUUAUCCACAAGAUCACAGACCGGCAAAACGCCAGCAUGAUGCUCGUCGGCAACGUAAGCGACCGCGUCUGCAUCCUCAUUGACGACCUGCUCGACACAGGCAACACCAUCACGCGAGCCGCCAAGCUCCUCAAAAAAGAAGGCGCGACCAAAAUCUACGCGCUACUCACCCACGGCGUCUUCAGCGGCGACGCCAUCAGCCGCAUCAAGGCGUCGGCCAUCGACAAGCUGGUGGUCACCAACUCGGUGCCGCAGAACGAGCACAAGGCCCUGCUGGGCGCGAAACUGGACGUCCUGGAUAUUUCCCCCAUUUUUGCUGAGGCGAUCCGCCGCGUGCACCAUGGCGAGUCGAUCAGUGUGCUGUUUAACUAUGACUAA